AUGCAAAUUCCACCCUCCUUGCUGGCAAUAUGGCUGCUGCAGGUGACCAUGGUACAAGCUGCUUUGAACUCAACUACAGCUUGUGGGCAGUCAAUAAACUCGCCACGAAUUGUUGGGGGCCAACCAGCCUCUGAUGGGUCGUGGCCCUGGCAAGUCAGCAUUGUAAAGAACAACUACCACACUUGUGGAGGCUCCCUCAUCGCAGAACAGUGGGUGUUGUCUGCGGCUCAUUGCUUCUCUGAAUCCACCUACUUUGACAAAUACGAAGUGUUGCUGGGUGCCUAUAAACUCUCAAACCUCUCAAAUAACGCGGCAUUCUCAAAUGUGAAACGGAUUUACCUCUACCCUGACUUCAAUGGUGAGACUGACCUUAUUGGGGAUAUCGCUUUGCUUCAACUGAGCACUCCUGUGAAAUUCACCAACUACAUCCUCCCCGUCUGCCUGCCUGACUCUUCUGUACAAUUCCCUGCGAAUGCAGACUGCUGGGUCACUGGAUGGGGAAAUAUUCAAAAUGGCGUGGGGUUGCUGUACCCAGCAACCCUCCAGGAAGUGAAGGUGCCACUCAUAAGCCGAGAAAGCUGCAAUGCUCUCUAUAACAGUGCCCUAACUCACGGGCUCGGCAUGAAUCCUGUUGAGACUGGUAUGAUAUGUGCUGGUUAUCCUGAAGGUGGAAAAGAUUCCUGCCAGGGUGACUCCGGGGGACCCUUGGUUUGCCAACUCAAAGGGAGUUGGACCCAGGCUGGGGUAGUGAGUUGGGGAAUAGGGUGUGCCCAACCUCGCAUGCCGGGUGUCUACACUUCAGUGCCGUCCUAUGCCAAAUGGAUCGAAGCGACGAUGAAUGGUGGAUUUCAAAAAGCCCCUGCUGUGACACUCCUUUUGGCGGCUCUUGCACAGGCCCUCCUAUGA